ACACGUCGCAAUAUCGCACUGGCCUUCUCUAGUUUGACAAAAAAUAUCCGCUGUCUUCUCUCCGUCCAUACCUAACAAUUCCUUAAAUAAAAACAUCCACGUUUAUCAUUUUUCAAUCAACUCAUUGGAACUCCUUUAUCUUUUCUCCGAUAGAUAAAAGCCAUUAACCAACAUUGGACAACACAGUUUGAUAACAACCUUAUUUGUUCCGAAUGUUGCCUACGAUAAUAAAUCCUCGUUCAAUCUUCACUCUUCCAAAUACUUCAGUUUCUCUUUUUCCAUCUCACAAACCCACCACCUUCAUUCGUUGCCAGGCCGCUGCUGACUCACCAGCCGGCGGCCCCUCGUGGUUCAACUUCGGCGCCGCCGCCAAUGCCGCAGCAGCACCUGGGGUUGGCAGAAUUAGCCAAAACUCCGAUGAAAUUGCUGAUAAGAGAAUUGGGAAUGAUAAGAAGACGAAAGUGAAUGCUAAGGAAAGGCGUUGGUCACGUAACAGAGAGAGUUAUUUGGGUGAUGAUAGAGAACCUCUUCCUCUUCCUAUGACUUACCCUGAUACUUCUCCUUGUUCCCCUGACGAAAUCGACCGCCGCCUCCGCUGUGAUCCUAUUAUUGAGGAUUGCAAGGAAGUCGUCUAUGAGUGGACUGGAAAAUGUCGGAGUUGCCAAGGGUCAGGACUUGUUAGUUACUAUAACAAAAGGGGGAAGGAGACCAUCUGUAAAUGCAUACCUUGCGCUGGAAUCGAUGUUCCUGUUUCUGCUAGAUCAAAAGAUCAAUAUCACCAUAUGAUGUUAUGAUUUUUCAAGCAGCAAAUUUGAUGAGCCUGUACAGUGACUUGGAAUGUCAAAUUUCAUAUAUCAUUUAGUUUCCUGAAGAUGAAUGAAAAGAAGGAGGAUUGUAUUUCUGUACUUUCUGGAGAAUUACUUUGAUUGUAAUGUGAUUUUAGGGUAAAUAUCUUUAGCGGUCUAUAUCAGACAUUUUAUGCUUCAAAAAAUUGGUGUUUUUAUUUUACCGUUAUAAACUUUUCUUUUCUUAUUGAUUGAAUUUAGGAGAAUGACCAAGUUGGAUCUCGCAUUUAUGUGAGCUGCUGUUGGUACAAAGAAUUAGGGAACUGGUCCGUCCCUUGGUAAAUAAAUUAAUGAAUUAGUAUUUGGAAGGAUUAUAUACAUGGUUCUCAGAGUUGUUGAGUUUAAAGUUUAAAUAUAGGUUAGUUUAUGGAUUUCAGUGAGGACUUAGUCCCAGGAUGUAGCAUUUCUGUCUGUCAUCUUCAGAAGUUUUUUUCUUAAUGGAUUUAUCAAAAAAGAAAAAAAAAAAAAGAUUUUCUCUUUAGCCUUGCAUAAACUUCAAAAGAGAAAUCAAAAGAUGAUUAAAAUAAUAGAACGAUGAAGCAAGUAACUUCCAUAGUUUGUUCAAGAGGGAACUGGAGAUCCUCGUGAUGAAGCAAAUGACCUCCAUCUUUUGGUCGUAUUUUGCAUAUUGUGCUUUUGUCCUAUAAUCUGUCCAAUUAGCAUAUUUCCUGUACUGGCUUAAAUUUGUCCAGUUGCAGAUGACCUCAAGGAUAAAGCGUGUUUACUUCCAUGUUUUCCAGAUUCCGCGUUUUGUGCUUGUGGUUUCAGAUAUUCAUGUUCAUGCCUCUAAAGGGAGAAUAGAUUCCUGAGGUCAUUCUUUCCCCAAUUAAAGUUGUCAACCACUAUAAUGGUAUUUUAAGUUCUCGAUCCUUCAGUAUCUAAUGUGAUCCACCAAAGUAAAUGAGAAGGUAUACGUGAUGCACACAGGGAUCUAUACCUCUAUCAAAAAUUAGCCCCUAAAAGUGAGUCUGUUGCUAUUUUGAAAAUCAGGAUCAUGAAUGUUUAUUAUUUGAUUAUUUCGGAACUGAUAUGUGCAUUAUUUCUUUAUGGGAUCAAUCUUCUUUUUAAUUUGUGGCUGAGUAACAGAUCCGUCCAGAAUCUCAAUCCCAGGUCUUAAUACUUUUGACAUUUCAGGUUAUGUGCAGAAAAUAACACUACGCACGGAUAUUGAUGUGAUGGUGGACUUGGAUGACAAACCACC